AUGCUGACAUUGCUUAAUUUAUUUAGGCUCAUUAACCGCACGGUUACCUUUUCCCCUUUUCUUUCUCUCUUUUCUUUAUCUGUAAUUAUCACUUUUACUUUGUUGUCACAUAUAAUUGCGCGAAUUGCACUAGGAACAAGCGAGCACACCAACAUGUCUCACUGCAAGUUCGAGCACCCCCGUCACGGCCAUCUUGGGUUCCUUCCCCGCAAACGCAGCCGUCAGAUUCGUGGCCGAGCACGUUCUUUCCCCAAGGAUGAUCCCUCACAGAAACCUCAUCUCACCAGUUUCAUGGUGUACAAGGCUGGUAUGACGCAUAUUGUGCGUGAUGUCGACCGUCCGGGGUCAAAGGUGAACAAGAAAGAGGUUGUGGAACCAGUGACAAUUCUUGAGGCACCGCCGAUGGUUGUUGUCGGAAUUGUUGGCUAUCGGCAGACACCUGUGGGCCACAAGACGAUUGGCACCGUGUGGGCACACCACACCAGCGUGGAAUUCCGCCGGCGCUUCUACAAGAACUGGAAACAGUCCGCACAGCUCGCCUUCACGAAGCGCAAGCAGUUCGCUCGCACAACAGAGGGACGUCUCGCUGAAGCACGGACGUUGAAGGCAUUCGAAAAGAAGGCUGACAUCAUCCGUGUGGUGGCACACACGCAACUCCGCAAGCUGCGCAACAACCGCGUUGGUGUGAAGAAGGCUCACGUAAGCGAGAUCCAAAUUAACGGCGGCACCAUUGCGCAGAAGAUUGAACUCGCCAAAUCGCUACUUGAGAAGGAAGUUCGCAUCGACUCUGUGUUCCAACAGUCGGAGGCAUGUGACGUGUGCGCUGUGACUAAGGGCCAUGGUUUCACUGGUGUCGUGAAACGUUGGGGUGUUGCGUGCCUACCACGUAAAACUCACCGUGGUCUACGUAAGGUUGCGUGCAUUGGCGCAUGGCAUCCGUCUCGUGUCAUGUACACCGUUGCUCGUGCUGGUCAGCAUGGUUACCACCACCGUACACACCUCAACAAGAAGAUUUACCAGCUCGGUCGUGCAGUUUCCAUGGAACCCAACCAAGCCACAACUGCUUAUGAUCUUACCGCUAAGACCAUCACUCCGAUGGGUGGUUUUGUUGGCUACGGUACUGUCCGCAACGACUACGUGAUGCUGAAGGGUUCUGUUGCCGGUCCUCGUCGCCGUGUCAUCACACUCCGUCGCCCCAUGGCCCCGCAAACAUCGCGCAAACUCACGGAGAAGAUUACGCUGAAGUUUAUCGACACAAGCAGUAAAAUCGGUCAUGGUCGAUUCCAGACGAAGAAGGAAAAGAGCCAGUGGUAUGGUCCACUCAAGAAGGAUCGCAUCCGCCGCGAGGAGCGCCUCCGAAAGGAACGUGCUGCCCGUGCCGCGGAGCGCAAGGCGAAAGGUGGCGCCACCACAACCGCAGCCCCGAGGAAAUCGAAGAAGUAA